AUGAGGCAGCAGCUCCGGCCCUGGGCCGCGGCCACCUUCCUGCUGCUGGGGGACCUGGUGGCCUCGGGGGACGCAGCAGGAGCCGCGGUGGCCUCUUUCUGUCCCUUCCCAGGAGAGGACCUGCAGCUGCACAUCACCUGCUUCAACUUCGAAAYGGUGCAGGUCACUUGGAACGCGACUGGACACCCGGGGACCAACCUGAGCUUCUUCUACACGUUCUCGGGGGGCCCGGGCCUCCGCCCCUGCACCAACUACACGCUUUGGCAAGGCCACACGAYGGGGUGCCUGCUGGCCGCGCGCGACGACAUCCUCCACUUCUCCAUCAGAAACGGGAGCCRCCUCCUCGUGUCCAGGAGCCAGUGGGUGAGCGACUACCUGAAGCCCGCCUCCCCCAAGGACGUCCACUUCCGGUGGCUGCAGGAGGGCGUCCUGGUGUCCUGCUCCGACCUGCCCUACGGGGGCCUCCUCUACGAGGUCCAGUACAGGAGCCGCUUCGACGCCGAGUGGGAGUCCAGGGAAGCGACGACGUGCAACGUGACCGUCGGAGGGUUGGACCCCCACAAGUGCUACAGCUUCCGGACCCGGGUGAAAACCACCGAGGACCAGUACGGCCCCCACGCCACCCCCAGCGACUGGUCCGAGGUGACGCACUGGCAGAGGGCGGAGCUCAGAGACUCCUGCGAGGAGGAGCCCGGUCCUCGUCGCCCGCGGUUCUCCCAGUUCAUCCUCAUCUGCAGCUCGGUCACCCUCCUGACCCUGUGUCUCCUGCUGCUGUCCUUAUGGAAACUGCAGAGAGUGAAGAAGCUGCUGGUGCCCAGCGUCCCGGACCCGAAGGGCAAGUUCCCCGGCCUCUUCGAGCAGCACCAAGGGAACUUCCAGGCGUGGAUCACAGACACCCAGAACGUGGUCCCGCCGGCCAAGGCGGGAGGCCUGGAGCCGGACACCCCCCCGGAGGAGGCCCUGGUCAUCCACCUGCUCAGGACGGAGCCCGAGGGGCCUGCCAGCUCAGGACCCUUGUGUCUGCAGACAGGGGAGGGAGAGGCCCCGGGGGGGUCCCCCCAGCUCCCUCCCCAGGCCCCCCAAGGUGGAGACAGGGUGUUUCUGGGAGACUUUGCCUUUGUGAUGAGUGACAACUCCUACAUGAUGCUGUGAGGUGGCCCCUCCAAGGCCACCAUCCGGAUCCACGCUGAUGUCCAAGGACACGAGAAAUAUCAGGACUUCACCGGAGCCCCCUGAAGACCACCACUCACAAAGACCGAAGGGAGGACAUGUCCAGGGUGCCCUAACAUCCACUCCCUCCCUGUGUCCCCCCAAAUCYUCCCCUUU